AUGCACUCACAAAGUCUUUGUUCUUCUAAGCUUCCUCGGCGAAAAGCACUGUGGAAAGAUUGUUGGCAUAAAGAACUAAAACCACCGACAAGGGAAGACUGGCCAACCAUCAAGAAGGAUUUCAAGCAAAUGAUGGAUAUCAUUGCAAGCAGAUCAUAUACCCAGUGGACUGUUAUGGAUACGCUGGUGCGAACAUGUAUUGCCGUGGAAAUAAUUUGUUGGUUUUUUGUUGGCGAAGCUAUUGGACGUCGUUCAUUUGCUGGCUAUAUUGUUCCAGCAAAUUAUAUUGACAAAAAGCUAGCGAACAUGGCGAAGCAUCACUAA